AUGCGACGGCAUUGCCGAAAUGAACGAGGUGCCAAGAAAGGAGUGGAAGCGAUUUUGAAACCCGUGGCUGCUUCAUAUGGGGGCCCUCGAAUUAUUGAUGCUGCUGGUCCAUUGGUGCUGUCAGAGCCAGAGUACUGUCGGUUGAGUUUUGAACUUCAUUUCAGCAAACUGAAGAGAAUGGAAUAUGUUUCAAACUGGACUACUUUAAUACUGACUGGGUUUGAUGAAACUGAUCAGUUUAAGUAUACUUAUUUUGUAGUCUGUCUUAUUAUUUACUUGUUAUCAUCCUUUGUUAAUGCGCUGCUUAUUUCCAUAAUAGUCUUGCAUCACACUCUACAUAAGCCUAUGUAUAUUUUUGUUUGUAAUUUAUGUUUAAAUGGAAUGUAUGGAAGCACAAUAAUUUUUCCAAAACUACUGAUAGAUAUGCUCUCUGAAGAUAAAUCCAUUUCAUACAUUAGUUGCAUUCUACAAACAUUUUUCCUAUACAUUUGUGGAUUUAAUGAAUUGUCACUCCUUACAUUAAUGGCUUACGAUCGAUAUUUGUCCAUUUGUAACCCUUUAAAGUACGUCAGUAUCAUGACAAAAGCCAGAGUCCGUAUUCUUUUAGUAGUUCCAUGGUUUUAUUCUUUUUGCCUGGUACUGUCAUGUCUUUCACCCACCAUAGGAUAUCCUAUAUGUAGCAACACUAUAGAGGAUUUCUUUUGUAAUAUCUUAACUUUUUUAAAGUUAUCAUGCACAGUUUUGACAAUAGCUCAUGUAAAUGACACAUGCAUAUCAAUAAUUAAUAGUACUGUACUAAUUGCUGUUAUUGUUUAUUCUUAUGCACAAAUUUUCCGAGUUUCAUAUAAAGCUUCUGGAGGUGCUAAAGUUAAAGCAUUAAAUACCUGCACAACACAUUUGUUGUUAUUAUUUCUAUAUUUUACCUCAGGUAUCUUUGCACUUUUACAAUCUCGGUUGCAAUGGAUUAAUAAUAUAGAUGUACCGAUCCUCACGUCAAUAUCAAGUUUAAUCAUUCCUGGAUUUUUGAAUCCAGUUAUCUAUGGAAUACGAACACAUGAGAUAAGAAAAACAAUGCAAAAUGUAAUUAGGAAGAGGAAAAUGGGUUUUAAUGUGAAGUUUAUUAAUGGGUAG